CACAUCUUUCAUCAGGAACGGUCGCUGCUCGGCCUGUACAUUCACCAUGAUCAUCGAAGACCAAAGAUUCAUCCAUGAGGAUAUCGAGAGACUAGAACAGGCGGUUGCGGAUCGCGUGGCCGAGGAACCUCGUAAUAUUCGGGAUCGCCUGGCUCGCGACCACGAGAUAGCCCAGUUUCUGAACCGUAUAGACGAACAAUCGAGAAGACUACUAGAGAUUUACAAAGAUGCGGACGGGGCCCGAGAGAAGGAAAUCCAGGCGAUCUCGACCGGCGACCAAUUCGAGGAAUUCUACAAACAACUAGAUGAAAUCAAAAAUUUUCACAAGCGCUAUCCCAAUGAGCCCGUGGAGAACCUCGAGCGAGCAUACAAGCGCCGCGAAGGCGAGCCGAUUGGAAUCGACAUCGAUAACAUGUUUACGGGUGAAGAAGGGUUCGGCCAAUUCCUGGACCUGACAAAAUUGCAUGAAGAUUAUCUGAACCUUCCUGGUGUUAAGAGGUUAACGUAUGUGCAAUACCUCGAGGUCUUUGAUUCCUUUACACCCCCGCAGCUUCUUAUUAAGCGGUCCAAUAAGCUGUCCGAUACGUACUUCCAGUAUGUUGGGGACCUGGCAGAAUAUUUGGAGGGAUUCAUCAAGAAGAUUAGACCGUUGCAGGACCUAGAUAAGCUUUUUGGUAGCUUUAAUGAGGAAUUUGAGAAGCAGUGGGCGGCGAAAGAGGUCCCUGGGUGGUCGGAAGAGACGGCCCAGAAUGGUCCUCAGGGUCCCAAGACUGAAGGAACUGGGGAGGGUAUCUGGUGCGCUGAUUGCGAAAAGGAAUUCAAGAACGAGAACGUGUACAAGAAUCACUUGACAGGCAAGAAACAUAUCCGGGCCGCCGAGGCGAGAAAGGCUGCCGGGGGUUCUGGCGAGAAGCCAGCAACAUCGAAUGGUGCUUCUGGUGUGGCUCAUCGCCUCAAGGAACGUGCUGUGGCGGAGCGUGAGCACCGUGUUCGGUCUUUGGCUAAGGUGUUGGAUGCUGAGCGUCAAGCAACGCGGAUCAACGUUGAGCGUAAGCAGGGCAUGACCGAAAGAGAACGCCAGAUGGAGCUCGAGGCACUACUAGCAGAAUCUGAGAACACUGGCGGCGACCGUGGGGGUGAUCAGUCUGAUGACGAUGACGAGGACCGGAUCUACAACCCGCUUAAGCUACCACUUGCCUGGGAUGGAAAGCCUAUUCCCUACUGGCUGUACAAACUCCACGGGCUGGGUGUUGAGUACCCCUGUGAGAUUUGUGGUAACUUCGUGUACAUGGGCCGCCGUGCCUUCGAUAAGCACUUUUCGGAAGGCUUGCAUAUCUGGGGUCUGAAGUGCUUGGGUAUCACAUCGAAUACGAACCUCUUCCGCGAGAUUACCAGGAUCGAUGACGCACUUCGGCUGUGGGAAAAGCUUGAGCAUGACCGCAAGAAGGACAAAGACAGCCGCGACAAUGUGGUACAGAUGGAGGACGCAGAGGGCAACGUGAUGCCAGAAAGGAUCUACUUGGAUCUUCAAAAGCAAGGAAUCCUCUAGCCGCUGCUUUCCAUCUGCGCAUUACGUGUAUUCUCCUAUAUCCACAUAUCUCACGUUUAAAAGCCCGGAGUUUGACGGUUGUUUUCUUCAUUUCCGUAGGGUCUCAUACCAUUGGGUUGUCUGGCUUGGAAUAAUAACUAUAUCAGUGCACGGCCCUCAUAUACCUCAUGUAUUCUACAUAAGAGUUUGCCAUCAUUUACAAGAGAAGACUA